CUCACGCACAACAUAAACAGCCGCUCCACAGAACUGGGGAGACUUUUAUCAUAGCUAACCUCUACGCUCUCACUUCCUGUCUAGCGCCGUGUCAGCAACACUACUGUAGUGACUGUGAAUCAUUGACACGAAUCUGUCUUGACGCGAACAUGUGCGAGAAUCAUGCCCAUCAUUCGUUCCUGCCCGACUACUCACACUGGGGACACUCAUUCGGUAACCUGAACGAUGUCGACGACGACGAUGAUGAUGAUGGCAGGAUCUAUAUGGACUAUAAUGCCACCACCCCGAUGGACCCCGAGGUGAUUGAUGCCGUCACCACGGCAAUGAGGCAGGCGUGGGGCAACCCCAGCAGCAAUAAUAUGCCAGCGGUAAAGGCGCGUGACAUCAUUAACCUGGCCAGAGAAAGUGUCUCAAGAAUGGUGGGCGGGAAACCAGAAGACAUCAUCUUCACAUCUGGAGGGACGGAGGCCAAUAAUUUGAUGAUGCACACAGCAGUAAAGCACUACUGGAAGAGCAGAGAGUCUGUGGAGAACGAAGGGUUAAAUUCGGCGCCGCAUAACGACACAACAACGCUCCCCCACAUCGUCAUCUCCAACGUGGAACACGACUCGAUACGGCUGCCAGCACUAAACCUACAGCUAGAGGGCAAAGCAGAGGUGACGUACGUAGCGGUGUCCAAGGCAACAGGACGAGCGGAACCAGAGGACGUGGUUGCUGCGAUACGGCCCAACACCUGUCUCGUCUCCAUCAUGACCGCCAACAACGAGACCGGCAUAGUUAUGCCAAUCAAAGAGAUCUGCCAGCGGGUUCGAGCCGCUACCAAGCAGCGGACGCAUCCCAGAAUCCUCCUGCACACAGACGCGGCCCAGGCCAUCGGCAAGAUCAGCGUAGACGCCAGAGACAUGGGGGUGGACUACCUCACCAUAGUCGGACACAAGUUCUACGGGCCUCGGGCUGGAGCGCUGUAUGUGAACGGACCGGGCACUACCACCCCUCUCUACCCCAUGCUCUUUGGAGGGGGACAGGAACGCAACUUCAGACCAGGGACUGAGAACACGGCGAUGAUUGCUGGACUCGGGAAGGCAGCGGAGCUGGUGAACACACACCUGCCAGAAUAUGAGAGCCAUCUCUCGGACAUCCGAGGAUACCUGGAGGAGAGGCUAGUGGCUGUGUUUGGGGAAGAUAAGCUUCGCUUCAACGGUCACUUCCCCGGCUCAGAGCGGAUUCCCAACACAUGUAACGUGUCCAUCCUGGGUUCAGGAAUCGUGGGUCGACGGGUGCUGGCCACCUGCAGGAGACUCCUGGCCAGCGUGGGAGCUGCGUGCCACUCAGGACAGGUCGACCGGCCCUCCUGUAUCCUGUUGAGCUGUGGUGUGCCUGUGUCGGCUGCUAAGAGUGCCCUGCGUCUGAGUGUGGGCCGCAGCACCUCCAGAGAGGACGUGGACACUGUGGUGGAGGACCUGAAGGAGACCAUCGACACACUGGAGAGGAUGAAUCAGUAGCAAACGCUAUCGCGUACACACAUGCACACAGGCAGGCACGCACACAUGCAAGGCAAGCCAGCAGGCAGGCAGGCAGGCAGGCACUCACUCACGCACACAUAUUCUUUCUUGUUGUCUAUCUCUCCCUCUCAGACAUGCUACAUACACACACACACACACACACACACACACACACACACACACACACACACACACACAC